GGCCCCUCCUGGGACCGGCGGCAGAUCGGUCCUUCCUGCGCUAGAGCGAUGGCGGGCGUUUCCACCUCCGCGGCCGCCUGGGCUGUGCUGUGGGCGUGCGCCAUAGCGGCUCCUACGCUCCACGCCCCGCAGCUGUAUGCCAAGCUGACACCGGGCAAGACAGGUGCCAACAGCCUCGUGCCCCAGAGUGCCAUGGGCCUGUGGCAGUUGCUGACUCACCUGGACGAAGACCUCAGUCGAGCCAAUGACUUCAGGGCGGUCAUGCUCGAGUCCGGGGAGGAGGAGGACCAGCUGUCGAGGCUCCUGUACGAGGCCCAGGAGGAGCACCUUCAGGAGACCGACGAGGAAGAGCUCGAAGAUCCGCAGGAGGUGCAGCUCGUCACAAAGUUGGCUGCGAUUCAUGCUAAGGAAAGGGAGCCAAAACAAAAGGAAGAAAGCGUAAGCAACCAAGAAGAAAUCCUGAGCCGCCAGAAGAGAAUGGGAGGGAAAAGGAGCAGAGAACGUCACAGCAAAGAGCGGAAGAGGAAGUGCAAGGGGCGGAGCAGAGAGCGGUGUGAGGAGGAGGAAACGACCACCACAUCUCCCUCUACCUCCACUUCUGCUUCGACGACCACGACGACGACCACUACCACGGCCACACCCAGCAGUACUACUUCGCCUACCACCCCUACAACGACCGCCCCUGCUAGUACGACGUCGCCAACGACUCCUGCUAGUACGACCUCGCCAACGACUCCUACUAGUACGACCGCCCCUGCUAGUACGACCUCCCCAACGACUCCUACUAGUACGACCGCCCCUGCUAGUACGACCUCCCCAACGACUCCUUCUAGUACGACCUCCCCUGCUAGUACGACCUCCCCAACGACUCCUACUAGUACGACCGCCCCUGCUAGUACGACCUCCCCCACGACUCCUACUAGUACGACCGCCCCAGCUAGUACGACCUCCCCCACGACUCCUACUAGUACGACCGCCCCAGCUAGUACGACCUCCCCAACGACUCCUUCUAGUACGACCUCCCCUGCUAGUACGACCUCCCCCACGACUCCUACUACUACGACCGCCCAAGCUAGUACGACCUCCCCAACGACUCCUACUAGUACGACCACCCCUGCUAGUACGACCUCGCCAACGACCGCUGCUGUGUCUCCUUAGUACAGCUUGGCACAUCCAACUGACAAUAAAAGGAAUAAUUGCGGAAUAAAGGAGAAAGAGACGAUGAGAUUAAUGAUAAUAACUCUUUUAAUCAAGUGCUCGAUAUUGAUCAGAAAUAAACCAACUUCCUUUUUA